CAUGGAUUUGUGUCUUUAAACCCCAGGUCACCCACUGAUACUAAAAUUGAAGCAUCUGAGGCACUUACAUGCUCAUACUUGGAGGCUUCAACUGCAGUUCCUGGUUCAGAGCUGAGGAAGCAUGAGUCAUUUACAAAACUUACUGUUAGACACCUUGCUGGGGACAAAGCAUGUGGACAGUGCCGCCCUCAUCAAACUCCAAGAAAGGAGCCUGUGUAUGACAUCACCAGGAUUUAAUGUAAUGCCAAGUGAUGUUCGAACACUUGUGAAUGGAUUUGCCAAAAACCCACUGAUAACCCGAAGGGAAGGCUUGUACUUCAAGGAAAAGGAUUACAAAUGUGUCCGGGCAGAUGACUAUUCUCUUUAUGCUAAGAAUGAGAACACUGGUGUGGUGGUUGUGAAGACCCAUCUGUAUCUUCUGGUGGCCACUUACACUGCAGGCAUGUAUCCUAGCGUCUGUGUGGAGGCCACAGAGAAGCUGGGAGACUAUCUAAGAAAGAAAGGAAACUAAACCGUUGGACAACUAGUGAAGACAACUUUAUUAUU